AUGAAGCGGUUUCUACAUCACGGGAAAAUACCCCUUAAGUCGAUUGUGGACUUGGCAUUUCACCAUCAACCACCACCUAACCCCGUCAGCCACGUUGUGAAUUCUAGGCCUGCGAUCAUUAACAUUCACGGGAUAUUUGGAUCACGUAGACUUUUCAGACCUUUCAGUAAACCCCUAGCAAAUGCUUUAAACACUGAUGUAUAUUCUGUCGAUCUGAGAAACCAUGGGGAUUCACCAAUUGCCCAACCCUUUAACUAUGUUAGUUUUACCAAGGAUGUGAUUCAUUUCAUCAAGAAGCACAUUGGUGAUAAGAGACCUGUACAGUUAAUUGGAUUUUCUUUAGGUGCCAAAGUAGCCCUUUUAGCAACUCUAUGUUCACAAAUCAAUGCCUCUAAAUGUAUAGCAAUUGACGCUCCACCUUAUGAAACUGUAGCUGUGGAUUCUGUUCUUGUCGAAAAUUACGAGCUCAUUACCAAGAUUAUAAAUCAGGAAAUUAAGAUUGAAAAAGGCUCUAAAAAUUGGAAAAAGAAACUGCUAAAAUUAUUCCAAGGUUUACCUGCUAAUGCUACAAACAAUGGAGAUCCCUCUUUGUAUUUUGCUAAUGGAUUUUACAGUGUGAAGAGAAAUGCCGAACCGCCAACAGCAGGUCAAGAUCCCUACAUCGAAUAUUCUAUACCAUUAGAAGAAUUUCCUAAUCUUAUUGAUGAGAUCAUAGGCUGGCCCGAUUUACAAGGUAAGGAUAAUUUGGAAGGGUUAUUUAAGCUUUCUACUGAUUCUCCCGCUCUGUUUAUGAAAGCUAUGCAUUCUUUGGCUAUAAGUGAUGACUACAGCUUACUGAAGAAACAUUUUCCCAGAGCUGUCGUCAAGGAAAUUGAUUCUGGUCAUAAUAUGACGGUAGAAAAGCCCGAAGAAUCCUUGCAGUGUAUGAUUGAUUUCUUAAAAGAUAGUUAG